GCGCCGCCAUUCUCUCUCUUCCUCUCGCUUCUCUCCGUUGGUGAUGCCGGGGCCGAUGGUACAAGAGGAGGCGGAGAAGCUCGAGGAGCAACUCAAGAAGCUCGACGUUGAGGAGCCUAUCGUCGAGGACGUCAAGGAGGAUGAGGCAGAUGACGAUGAUGAGGAUGAAGAUGAGGAAGAUGCUGAAGGUGACAAAGAAACUGGUGCAACUGAGGGCUCUAAACAAAGCAGGAGUGAGAAAAAGAGCCGUAAGGCAAUUAUGAAGCUCGGACUGAAACCGGUCACAGGUGUCAGCAGGAUUAAUAUAAAAAGGAACAAAAAUAUUAUGUUCGCUAUCACCAAACCAGAAGUCUUCAAGUGUCCGAACUCUGACACAUAUGUCAUAUUUGGUGAGGCAAAGAUCGAAGACCUGAGCUCUCAGAUACAGAGCCAAGCUGCUCAGCAGUUCAGGAUGCCAGACUUAAGCAAUGUGGUGGCCAAGCCAGAGGCAUCUGCACCUGUCGAAGAGGAAGAGGAAGAAGUUGACGAGACUGGAGUCGCUCCUGGAGAUAUUGAGCUUGUUAUGACUCAGGCUGGAGUGUCACGAGCGAAGGCUGUUACUGCUCUCAAAGCACACGAUGGAGAUAUCGUUGGUGCCAUCAUGGAGCUCACUGCUUAGAGAGUGAGAUUGUCAUCUGACCUUUCUUCAUUUUGUCCUGCAGACUGUUCUCUUUCUUUGUCUAGCUAAUUAAGGUGCUUGAAUGUUAUUGUCUUCAAUAAUCUAUGUACUUUUAGGGACUUUAGGUCUAUGAACCUGUCUCACUAAAAUUCUUAUUUUUGUGAACUUUUUGGUUGA